AUGAUAAAUUUGGCAACAAUAAUACUAUUUUCCACAUAUGGACGAAAUAUAGGAAAUUUUUUGUUUAACACUUGUAUAUUUUUUGCAAAUUAUCUAAAUUUCGUUUGUUUUAUUUUAAAAAAAAUAUCUCACAUAUUCAAAAUUAAUACCUAUAAAGACUUAAAUGGUUUACAUAAUUUAAAGCAAGCAAAUUUAAAUGGAUUAAUAAAAGAAAAUAAAAAUACACAUCUUUUAAAUAUGUCUAGCUUAAAUGAUCUAGAUAUAUUAAAUAGCUCUAUUCUAGAAACAGAAACAGAAAUAAAUGAACGCUUGUCUACAGAAAUAGAUGAUUUUGAUGAUGAUGAGUAUAACUUUGAUUUCAUUGAUUUAGUUGAGAAUAAUAGUUUUGAAGAAUAA